GCAAAGGACUCGCUGGCAUUCUCAGAAAGCCUACAGAUCUGCCCAAAGACAACCUUUUGUUGUACUGUACUGUAAAGAAACAAUUCAAGCAUAAAACAAUAAUAAGAUAUGGCAUAUUCUCCCAGUCACAUGUCUGAAGAGCAGUUCCUGUGUUCUAUCUGUCUGGAAAUGUUCACUGAUCCGGUCACCACCCUAUGUGGACACAACUUCUGCAAGGCCUGUAUCAGCAAAUACUUGGAUACCAUUGAACAGUACCAGUGUCCAAUGUGUAAGGAAAUAUUUGAGGAAAGACCUAAGCUCAUGAUCAACACAACACUAAGAGAGGUUGUAGAUCAUUUCAAGAGGAUCAUAGUCAGAGACAGAGAUGACUUUCAUGCCGGGCCUGGAGAAGUUACCUGUGAUGUCUGCACUGGGAGGAAGCACAAGGCCUUGAAGUCAUGCCUGGAUUGUCUUACCUCUUACUGUAAGACUCAUCUGCAGCCUCAUCAGAUAGCCCCAGCACUGAAGAGACACAAACUGAUCUACCCGGUUGAAAACCUGGAAGACAGGAUAUGCAAAACCCACAAGAGGCCUUUGGAGCUGUUCUGUAAGACUGACCAGAUGUGUGUGUGUCUGUUCUGCACUGAAACGGUCCACAAUGGUCAUCAAACUGCCUCGCUAAGUCAAGUGUUUGGUGAGAGGAAAGCUGAGCUGGGGAGGACAAAAAAUCUAGUUCAGCAGAUGAUCAAGAAGCACGUUCAGAAGGUGAAAGAGGUCAAACAUUUUAUAGAGGUUAGCAAGAGAGAUUCCGAGCUUGAGCUUGCCAACAGCAAUCAGGUUUUCACUGUUCUAAUACAAUAUGUCCAGAGAACCCAGGCUGCGGUGGAACAGAUGAUUGGAGAGAAGCAGAGAGCAGUACAGAUUCAGGCAGAGGGACACGUUAAAGAGCUGGAGCAAGAAAUAACAGAGCUACAGAAGAAAUGCUCUGAGAUGGAGCAACUCACACAAAUUAAGGAUAAGCUCCUCCUCCUUCAGAGCUCUCCGUCCCUGGGCCUCCCUACAUCCACUAAGACUGGGUCCGUUCUCAGUCUAACAUGGGAGCGGAGUACAAAAAACCUUAACAAAGACAUAGGUCAACUGGAUAAGACUGUGAAAGGAGCCCUCUCUAAGCUUAAGGAAAAAUGGAUAAAUGUAUUGGAGAGGUCAGAGGGCGAUGAGCUGAAGAGAAUGCAACAGUACGCUGUGGAUGUCACUCUGGAUCCUGACACGGCGCAUCCUCUUAUCAUUGUGUCUGGCUGUGGAAGAAUUGUGAGAACAGGUUAUUUUGAACAGAACCACUUCUACAACCAAAAGAGGUUUACAAGUCGUGUAGCUGUUCUGGCAAAGGAGGGCUACUCCUCAGGGAGAUUCUAUUAUGAGGUACUGGUGAAGGGGAAGACUGGUUGGAAUGUAGGAGUGGCAAAAGAAUCCAUCAAGAGGAGCGGGAGUGUGCUUUACCCAAAGGACGGGGUCUGGAGUGUGUGGCUGUCUUUUCAAACUGACUAUGAGGCCUGUACAGAACCCCAUACCACUCUGUCACUAAAGAGCAAGCCAGAGAAGUUGGGGGUGUUUGUGGAUUAUGAGGGUGGUCAGGUCUCCUUCUACGAUGUGGACACCAGGUCUCAUAUUUUUUCUUUCACCGGAUGCAAGUUCACAGAGAAGCUGUAUCCAUACUUAAACCCAUUCGAUGACUAUGAUGGUUCAAACUCAGCCCCAAUGAUCAUGACCCCUGUCAAUCUAACACCCUAAGGGUGAUAAGAUAGGGAGGUUUGUGGUUCGUUCCAAAAGCUAAUUUAUUUUAAAAAAACAUUGUUAUAUGUUGCCUUCAACCCCUUGUCUAUAUUAUAGUAACAGAAGAGGAAUAGCAGUUUGUUAGGCUGUCUGUGGUUGGCCUGCACCAAAUCAUUUCUUCAACAGAUGACUUGCCAGAAAAAAAUAUCAAUACAUAAAUGUCUACACCUGGUACUUACAACAAAUCAUUGUAACUUUGACUUGAGAUGUAUUCUAUGGUCAGUAAAAAUUUGAUCUUUUUGGCCCAAAAAACACCAGAGGUGUGUUUGGUGUAAAAAUAGGAACGGUCAUGCAGAAAUACCAUACUCCCCACUGUGAAAUAUGGUGGUAGAUAUGUGAUUGUGGGACUGUUGCCUCCAAAGGCCAAGAGGUCAUGUUUAGUAUACAAAGAAUUAUGGAAUCUGUCAGGUACCAGAAGCUUUUAGAUUAAAAUCUCACUGCCUCUUCCAGGAGACUAAAACAGGAUCAUUGUUGGAUCUUCUAGCAGGACAAUAAGUACCACAAGCAACCCCUCAAUCCAUUCUGUAGGACUGACUAGAUUUGUGAGUGUCCGUUCUGCAUUGAAAAAGACCAUAAGUGUAAUCACGGAGUCCCUCUAAGGAAAGAAAAGAAAGCUGGUGAGAAGGAAGUGUGAUGGCAAUUUCUAAAGUCAAAACGAUUUAUGAAUUUGGG